GAGCGCAGAGGGAACCCGCCUCGCGGAGCGUUAGAUCGGGCUGUGCCGGUGACAGUACCAAACACUUUCAACCUGAGCAGUAGCCGUGGAUCGGCAGCAGAUCCACGGAACCGCUGUGGACUGGACGGCUUUGGGAAAAGAGGUAGACUCUAACUACAGGGAAAGAACAGAAGAGUCGAUUUUUGUUGUCGCGUUGGUGCACUCUGAAAAGUUGUAUCUGCUCAGCAAAGGCGACCGGAUACACGCGCAGGACAUUCACUACUGAAGGAAAUAAACACUGCACGGGCUGGUUGUAAAGAACAUCUUGUUUAAGGCCACAGCGCACCUGAAGAGAAUCCUAGAAAGAAGUGAAGUCCUGGGAUGAAAGCUCUCUGCCAUUUUCCCCUCUCCCCCAGACCACCAGGAGGAGGACGCUGGGUGACACACUGAGAGUGUGUGGUGCGUCUGACGCCGUCGGGCUACCAUGGCUCUGGUUCAGGCACUACCCGUGACUGUGAGUGACCACCCCAAUCCAGGCCUCGACGUCCAGCAGUGCCGGCCGCUAUCAUCCCACUCCCCCUCGGGUCCCUGCUCAGGCCCCUGUGGGCACUGCAGUACUGACACAGCCAUGGGUUCUGUGAGCAGUCUCAUAUCAGGCCGGACAUAUCAGGAGAGACACUGCAGGGCUGCCAGCGAAUUCGCCACCAAGCCACGCCGCUCCACGCCAGCUACCAGCUGCUUCCGGCUUCAGGAUAAUACCCUCCGCAGUGGGAGCUCCCUGGAGCAGCUGCUGGUUAUCAGCAACCAAACACAGCCUCAGGCUCAGGUUCUGCCUCCACCGCUUCCCACAAAGAAGCAGCCACGGCCUGGAAACUCUGCUGGGGCCGGAGGGGGUGGAGCUGUUGCUGGAGCAGUAGGCGGUGUUGGUGGCGGCACUAAUGGGAACUUUGGGUAUGUGAGUGAUGAGGUGGUGGUUGGUGACUGGAACGAUAACCUGGUGCUGACUGCUGCAAGUCCCUGCAGCGACUCGGAGGACCAAAGAGACAACAGGACUCUAAAUGGCAACAUUGGUGGACCUCCUCCCAAACUCAUCCCAGUGUCCGGACAGCUGGAGAAGAACAUGGAGAAAGUGCUGAUCCGUCCUACAGCGUUCAAACCUGUUGUUCCUAAGAAUCGUCACUCCGUCCAUUAUCUUUCACCACGACCAGGGGGCAGCACUCUGUCAGAGAGCCAAGCCAGCCUCAACCUACUGCUGCCUCAUGGAGGAUCCAGCAGUUCCAGUGGUACAAGCGGUAACGGUGGAAGCAGCAGUUCCAACUCAGAAGGGAAGUGUAACUCUUACAGCAUUGGCCGCAAUGCUCGGAGCAGCCAGUCUUGCUCCAUGUCAGAUUCAGGGAGGAACUCCCUCUCCAGCCUCCCUACUCACAGCAGCACAGGCUACAGUUUGGCCCCCAGUGAGGGCUCCAGUGCUGGUUCUGGGUCUGGAGGCCAGCUGGAGCCUGUGUCAGGCGUAGGCCGAAACACUUCUGGUGGAAGUGGGAGCCAUGGUCACAGUAACUCAGACAGUGGACGUUCCUCAUCCAGCAAGAGCACAGGCUCGGGGUCACUUAGUGGGCGCGGGCAGCCCCUGUCAGACAGCGGGUCCUGUGGCCACUCCCCACCAGCUGUGGAGGGUUACGAGGCCGUGGUGAGGGAGCUGGAAGAGAAGCUGAGGGAACGAGACCUGGAGCUCCAGCAGCUCCGAGAAAAUCUGGAUGAGAACGAAGCUGCCAUCUGCCAGGUGUACGAAGAGAAGCAGCGCCGCUGUGAAAGAGAGAUGGAGGAACUGAGACAGAGCUGUGCCAUGAAGAUGAAGCAGGCCUCUCAGAAGGCACAAAGAGCACAGCAGGUGCUUCAGUUGCAGGUAUUUCAACUACAGCAGGAGAAAAAGAAGCUACAGGAGGACUUCUCCUCUCUGCUGCAGGACAGAGAGACACUGGAAAGGAGGUGUGCCACAAUCCAGAGGGAGCAGACCCAGCUAGGGCCACGUCUGGAGGAGACAAAGUGGGAGGUGUGUCAAAAGUCAGGAGAGAUCUCUCUUCUGAAGCAGCAGCUUAAAGAGAUCCAGUCAGAGCUCAGCCAGAAGGCAGGAGACAUUGUGGUCUUGAAGGCCCAGCUGAGAGAAGCUCGCUCGGAACUGCAAGCAAGCCAGGCUCGAGCCCAAGAGGCCCAGGCUGCCCUGCGGACACGGUCACUGGAGCUGGAAGUCUGCGAAAAUGAACUCCAGAGACGCAAGAGUGAAGCUGAGCUGCUCCGUGAGAAAGUGGGCCGUUUGGAAGAGGAGUCAGCCCGGCUACGUGAUGUGCUGUCCAGUCACAGCGGACCUAUUCUGCCUGGCAGUGCAACCAUGAAAGGGCAAUGUAUGAGCCUUUCGCUCCAACAGGGUAGAGCUGUGGCAGGACGGGGAGGUCCCAGCCCCUCUGUGUACCGCAGCGGAGAGGAGACUCAUCUGGUCUGGGGAGGAGAGAGUGAUGAAGCAAAGGCUCAGAGGCAGAAUGCAGAAACAGUGUUGGGACUCAGGCAACAGGUGGAUAGGCUGAAGGCUGAGCUCAUGUAUGAGAGGAGGACUAGUGAGGAGCAGCUGUCACGUUUUGACGAAGAGAGGAGGGUGUGGCAGGAGGAGAAGGAGAAGGUAAUCCACUACCAGAAGCAGCUGCAGCAGAACUACAUCCAGAUGUACCGUCGCAACCGUGAUCUGGAGAGAGUGAUGAGGGAGCUGAGUCUGGAGCUGGAGAACAGGGACAUGGAGGACUAUGAAGUGCGCAGUGGCAGCAAUGACAUCCACUUUGAGGAAAUCACUGCCACAGAGAUAUAAACACACACUCACUGAGAGAGUAAUAUGCCAAAAUAAAAACCAUGGCAACACAACUCACAGAAGACUCUGAAGGUGUAAACCAAACACUCAACUCUGGGCCAAAUACUGCACUAUCUUCAACAUGGCUUUACCUUGGAUCAUUGAGCAAGCACUCACCACCCGUCACUGUUAAAAGGGAGCUCUCCCAAAGGUGCGUUCUCACUUCCUGCUAACUUUAUGUACUCCAAUAAAUCCUCAUAAGGUGGCUCCCACUGCGCUUUUAAUGGGUUUUAUUCCACUACAAAGCCAGCACAAAGACUUCUUUCAAUCUGUGGGAGCGAAAGCGGCGAAAGUAUUUGUUUCUCAGACCAUGUUCAGAUCAGGGUAUUGAAAAUCGAUGGGAACCUAAAGCAAAAAAACAUUACUACACACAGAGAAAUCUGGUCACAACUUUCUUGGUAGCACACGACAUGAAACACUCAGACACCAGCAUGCAUGUAAUCGUGCAUCACGAGAGAAGUCCACUUAAUCACCUGGUUACUAAAGAUGACCUCAUCACCUGCCCAAACUGUGCUCAUUGGCGACACAAACCGCAGCUGUGCCAGUUGUCCAGUCCCAAAUAUUACUGUUAACUGCUGUUUGUAUUUUAUGGCGUUUGUAGUAUCAACAGUUCACUUUACAAAUUCUAGGAAAUGAGGAUAUUUUGUUUUUCCGCAUUUUUGUUUUCUCAGCGGUGUGCAUUUGAUAAAGAAUGUAUUGUCACGUCUGAGAAACGCAGUAAUGAGAGCGUCUGCUCGCCCUGAGAAGCAUGCUAUUAUUUUGCACAACUUUCCCACCCUCUUUUGUUCAGGACAGAACUGUUUUUCUUUUGAAGAAGAAAAAAAGAAAAAUAUCGUCAAACUCAAACAAACCAAUAUUGACAUGCGCCUCUUUGCUUACACGUGAACAUCCUAUUCUGCUGUUUCCUAAACCACUGAGGACACUAAGCCAAACCCUCAAAGGAAAUGCUUUAUUUGAACUCUUCUCAUGUUUUCUAGACCACCAACUGUUGCACUUGUGUCAACUCUGUUAGACAAUGCACCAAGUUCUGACAUAAACAUUUUAUAUAAUCAAGCACUAGGAAGCAGAGCAUAGGGUGGCAGAUAUUUCCAGGUUGCUGCCGAUUCCCCUCUAUCUUUGUCUUUUUUCUGACUUUUUCUUCUCUCUUUUUGCUUCUUUCUCAGCUAUUUUUAUAACAGUGAACAGCACCUCUGUGGUUGGUAUCAGGAAACUAAAAAUAGAGCAUAUUUACAGUAUUACAGCAAUUUAAGCCAGUGUUUGAACUGUUUGCAUUCUUUCCAUUUAUUCCCCUUCACUCCCAUUAGUGCCCUUUACGUACCUCUUGGCAAAGCAAAGCCAAAUAACUCUUAUAAAGUCUUCCUGCCCUCCUCACCUCCCACCCCCCCACCCAUAGAUUAUACUCUUCACUGACUGCUAUACAGGAAGUGAGACUGGCAUGUCUGCAUGUCUAUGUUGUAUGAGAUUUCAGAAGAAGCUGGUUCAUGCAGCAGUGAGAUGCGAGUUUGCAGAUGCAGUAGCUCCAGCACUGAAUGUCCUCAAGGCAGGUCGGAUUUUGAAGGCCUAAAUAUAAACCAGUGAGGAGCAUGUUACAUAUAAAACUGUGGGCUGCUCUGCUGUUUCCUCACAGUAUUAUGCAGGGCUGUGUUUAAGACUGAGCAUGGCAGGAGUGGGCUGCUGAUAACUUUUAUUUUGCAAAGAGUCUAUAUCGAGGAUUAAUAGUUAAAUGAAAAUCUAUAUAAUGGAGGAGAUGUUGUAUAUUUUUUAUAUAUAUAUAGCACCCGAAGAUAUUUUGUUGUAGUACUGGUAUAAGUGUGUGGAUUAAUGUAUAUCUCAUACCAAUAUUUCAAAUGAUGGAUCAAUUGCAAAUGGAGGCGGCAGCAUAGAAAGAGUGCACCUAAUACUGUAAUGCAUGAAAAUUUAAUGUUUACAUUAUAUAAUCUGUGUGAAAAACCUUCUAAUGACCAAACUUUGCAGGCGAUAAAGUGGGGAGCUUUUAUUUGAGGCUACUUUUUGGUCUGUUGUCUCUCCGUUUUGAUUGAUCUUUCACUUGACUGUUCGUAUCAUAAUCUCACGCUCAUUCACGUCGUCAUCGUUGGGUUUUGCCGCGUCAUUCAUUUAGAAAUGCAUGAUUCGUUUUGAGAGAUUCGUUAUUGAGUUAAGGUCAGAGCAAGACGUUAAGUUUCCUGGACAUUCAGGGGAACUCCGUGCACAAAAUUUGGUCUGUAUGUUUGAUUGGUCUAUAUUUUGCAUGUCAUCGCCACAUCACUGUGGCUGAAGAGGUAUUGUAGAGUAUUAAAAGUCUGCACUGUGCAUAAAUUAAAUUAAAGGCAUGGGACGUAAACGUUGAAUGGAACAAGAUGAGUUUAUCCAACCACAUUCACUUUGUUAACUAAACUUAGACUGUUAUUACUCACCACAGGUACAUAUUAACAGCAAGCACAGGUGUUUGAAAACAGAUUCACUCACUCCAAAGUGCUGUGUGCAUUUUGGAUUCCCAUUUCUUCCUCUUCAUCAUUGCAUAACCAUAUUUCUGUGUAAAUAUGUAAAACACUAAAUAGUAUAACAGAGUGACAUUGUCUUUUAUUUAGACAAAAUAUCUAUUUCAAAUGUAGCCACUGUGACUAGACCAAAGCAAAGUAACACAUUAUUUUUCUUUUUUCUGUGGCUUUUUUUUUCAUCAUUUUGAUGUGUUUUUUUUUAAACAUUUGCUUACAUUGUGUCUUCAUUCAUUCAUAAAGUAUGUAGUUGUCCAUGUAUAUUUUUAUGUGUACAUUUCUUGUACAAAUGACUGUGUUUUUAAUUAAAGAACAAGUUGUCACACCUUGAA